AUGACCUUGAACCACGAUGCAAAUUGUUUGCGAAAACGCCAAACCAUGCGUAGCACGGUGGAUGGCGCGUGUUACCCAUCCAACAUUCAAUUGCCUAUAGGUACUGACGGCAUUUCAUCAUUAUGUUUUUUACCCUCAAAUGAAAAGAAUACGCUAAUGGUUGGUACCACUGGUGGUCGCGUAAGGAUCCUUGAUUGCUCAGGAGGUGCAUGUCAAACUCUUUACCAAAAACGAUGGCACAAGUCCAUAAGAUGUUUGAUAGUCAAUCCAUUCUCCCCCACUUCUUGCAUCACGGCUUCUAGCCAGGCAUUUCUAAAGAUUCAUGAUAUCGAGACAGGGAAACGGAUUGGUUACUACGCAAGAAUGGAAGAUUCGUCAUCAUUUUCUGCAUUGCUAGCUGUCACCGAUCAUCGGUGGAUAACAGGAGACGAUGACGGUAUGAUAAAAAUGUGGGACGAUCGACUGAAAGAAGGACAUUGCUUCACUAUAAAACCCAAUUUAGACGAGAUGGAUGCGGAUGUCUGCGGGAUUAACGAUCUGGGCGUUGGGGCCGAUCCUCAAGGCACCUUGCUCGCCGCUGUGGAAUCAGGAUGUCUUGUCACGUACAAUAUUAGACGUAGACGACUUGAGACUGUUUCUGAGCCCUUGGGCUACAGUGCUCGUUCAGUAUGCUCCGUUAAAAGCGGUAGAAAGGUCCUUUUGGGCACUGAUGAGGGAGUGAUAUUGACCUACAAUUGGAAUGAAUUUGGUAGUGUCUGCGAUCGAUUCCCCGUUCGGACGAGUCGCACUUGGGUUGACCAUCGCUCGGGCACGAAAUUCUUUGAUGAGGCUGGUUAUCCAGCAGUGGAGAAGAUUGUCAAAGUCACAGAGGAUGUUAUUGUCGUAGCUACAGACGAUGGGGCUAUUAGCCCGAUGAGCAUCCUCCCCAAUCGCAUGCUCACAUGUCUCGGGUGGCAUACUGCCGAUGACACUGCAAAGGGUGGUGGUGAUUGCAUGACGUUAGCAGUUUCUCCUGCCUCUGGAGCUGUGCCUCUGGUAGCUAGUGCACUUCCUUCCUCACCGUGUCUCAAAUUCUGGUCCGUGGCACACCUUCCAUCGGAAGCAGACGUUGAGUCAGCAAGGGUAGUGGCAGGGGCGAAGGGGACGGUAAAGACGUGGGGACGGGAUGCGAAAUCUAAGGUCACUUCGAGGAGUGCAGAUUGCGAUAGAGAUGAUUUCUUGUCAGGACUGAUGGAGAGAGGUGAGGAAGAGGACGAAGGAAGCAAAGAAGAAACCAGUGAUGACACCGACAGUGAGGAUGAUUAG